CGCUGCGCGUUGGGGGCGCCACCGAGCGCUUGUUUAGCGUCUAGCGUGCGGCGUUGCCAACUGUAUUGACUUUAAGCACGAACCAAGACAAAACGUACGCGCGUGGUGUUAAACUUACAGCCGGCAGCUUUUUCAUAAAACAAAUUGUAAAUUCGUGUGAAUUUGUGUAUUCGACCGAUUAACAACAAGUCGAAAAUGUUACGGCAAAGAUAGCUAUAUAGAGUCUUUGUGAUGAGAUCUUAGUCUGUGCGCUAGUGCAAGUGUUUUAUGUGAAAAACAUAUUCGUUAUUAAUGUAACGUUAAUCGAUUUUGUGUAGAGGAGAAAGGGAUAUGAAUUUAACGAGUGUCGCUCGAGAUAUAAUAUAGAGUAGUCGAAGCGGCAUAAAGAAAACUGGUUAGCCGAAAGCGGUGAUCGUGAUAUGGGGGAACGGGGCGCGACGGGGGGCGCUUGGGGUGCGCGCGACGAUGCCUCGUGGUGGCCGGGCGGCUCGGGCGAGCUGCAACACCAACAGCAAAUAAACGAGGAGAUAGCCCGCAGUACGGCCGCCGCCACCCACCAGCUCUACACUUACAAAAUGACAGGUGGCUUCAACAACAGCGGGGACAAUCCGACGCCCAGCUUUGACUACCGUCUUAUGACCGGCUCCAAUGCCAGACAAGAGUCUCCGCAGCAGCCCUGGUGGUAUGCCUCGGGCUCCGUGGAGGCUCAGCAAGCUUCCUCAUCGCCUCAAAACCAAUCGAGUCCGGACCCAGAGCAGGGAAAUCAACAAUCCAACGGUCUACAACAAAACCAUCAGACGUUACAACAGCAACAACAACAGCAACAUCAGCAGGAGCAACAAAACCAAGCUAUCCAACAACAGCAGCAGAACCAGUUACAGCAACAGCAACAAACUCUACAACAGGCGCUGCAACAACAAACACAGACGCUGCAACAAACUUUGCAGCGGCAACAAAAUCAACAGACCCUGCAGCAGAUGCUGCAAGAGCAACAACAACAACAACAACAGCAGCAGCAACAACAGCAUCAAAAUAUCCACCCGCAGGACCAGCAAAAUGUCCAACAGAGCUUACAGCAGCUACACGUGAGCCAGGCGCACGUGACUGCGCUCGCGCAGGCGCAGGCCGCGCUGCAGCAGCAAGUCGUACAGUCGUUCCAGCAGCAACAGCAGAACCUUCACGACCACCUGCAGGCUGUGCAGCAACAGCAGCAAAUACAGGCAGCGCUGCAGCGACAGUCCGCCACAUUACAGGAGUUACAGCAACAAGCUCAACAACAGCAGGCGCUCGGCCAGACGAAGACGAGGAUGCCGCGCGCCCGCGCAUACAACAAGCCGCGUGGCAGGAUGACCGCGUACGCAUUCUUCGUCCAGACCUGCAGGGAGGAGCACAAGAAGAAGCAUCCAGAAGAGAACGUCAUAUUCGCAGCGUUCUCGAAGAAGUGCGCGGAAAGGUGGAAUACAAUGUCAAAGAAGGAGAAACAGAGGUUCCACGACAUGGCGGACCAGGACAAGCAGCGCUACGACCUGGAGAUGCAGAGCUACGUGCCGCCGAAGGACGUGAAGGUGCGCGGCCGCAAGCGACACCAGCCCAAGGACCCCAACGCGCCCAAGCGCUCGCUGUCUGCGUUCUUCUGGUUCUGUAACGAGGAACGGUCGAAGGUGAAGGCCAAGCACCCUGACUACACGAUGGGUGACAUCGCCAAGGAGCUGGGCCGGCGCUGGGCCGCUGCCGACCCCGAUACCAAGGGCAAGUAUGAUGCGCUCUCGGAACAGGACAAGGCCAGAUAUGACAGGGAAAUGACAGCUUACAAGAAGACGUUAGAGCAAGCGCAGUCGCAGCCGGAGACACACGACGAGGUCGACGAAUAUGAACACGAAGAAGAGUACAAGUGUUAAUGCCAUAAAAUAACUAAAUACAACGCAUUUUAUAA